AUCGCCUGUGAAUGUGAAUCUUUUAUGCCGACUCGGACAUCUGUAUAACAUAGGAUGAAGACUGCUGUUAUUUUACUCGCAGUCGCCUGUUUCUACGUACGAAAUGCCGCGUGUGACGUCACCGAUGACGAUGAGCACAGAGAAUGGUUGCUGGAGGAGGUCAAGCAUGACCCUAGACUCUACGAACUGUUCCAGUCUCUCACGCUGAGAGAGCUAACGCAGAUACACGACAGUCCUCGAUCACAGGCACGCGGAUACCCGUUUCGAUGCGUGGUGAAUGUAUCGGACACCGUGCCAACGUCCGUGCACAAACUACGACCAUCCGACAUCAACGCCAUAGCAGCAAUGGGAGAUUCUCUAAGCCGCGGGCUAACGGGCCGGUGGCAGCCCACCUUAGCGGGGCGUCGGACUAACUACAGGGGCAUUGGCAUGGAGCAUAUAUUUAAAGCCUUCAACCCAGAUCUGAAGGGCUAUUCGAUAACAAUAUCCGAUCGGAGGCACUACAAGACACAUCUAAACGUCGCUGUAGGAGGCAAAACGUCUCAGUAA